AUGCCCGUUCCGUUCGUGUGCCACUCUGAAGUCGAUGUUCUCAUUAUUGGUGCUAGCCCUGCUGGGCUCAUGUGCGCAAAAGCUCUGGCAAAUGCGAGAGUGAAUGUUCGGAUCGUUGAUCAAACGGCUUUCAAACUAACUACUGGCAAGGGCGAUGGAAUUUUACCUCGCACCACUGAAGUUUUUCAGCUGGAUAUAGAGCUAUGGACUUGCAGAGCGCCUUAUAAAGGACUUACCAGCAGAACACCAAGCGUGACAGCUCCGUCUGCAAGAUACCCAUUCGAGCUUACGCUCCAUCAAGGAGCCAUUCAAGACAUUUUCGCAGAUUCCAUGAUAUCGCUCGGCGUCAAGGUUGAACGAUCGACGAUACCUACUUCGAUAGAGCUCUCCAAGGACGAAAACGAAUUGAUGGAUCCUGCAUCAUAUCCAGUUCGCGUUGUGCUCCAAAGACUAGACAAAUCCGAGGACGAACCACGGGAAGAAAUUGUCCAUGCUAAAUUUGUUGUCGGUUGUGAUGGUGCUCGUUCAUGGGUCCGUAAACAAGUCGGUAUUACGAUGGAUGGAGAACAGUCUGAUUCCAUCUGGGGCGUCGUGGACAUGGUCACGCCUGACACCGACUUCCCGGAUGUCAGGAAUAAGGCCCUUGUACAUUCCAACCAUGGCUCAGUUAUAUUUAUUCCUCGAGAACAAGAUCGCAUUCGCAUUUAUAUACAAUUAAAGGACAAAGAUCUCAUCGAUCCAGUGACAGGCAGGGUAGACAAGGAGAAAAUGGGUCCAGAUCGGAUUCUUGAAACUGCACAAAAAUCCCUUGAACCUUACAAACUUAUCCGGAAGAGUGAAUUUUUGUGGUGGACAUUAUACAGCAUUGGACAACGAGUAGCCUCAAAGUUUUCCAUCAAAAAUAGAGUAUUCGUCGCUGGUGAUGCUUGCCACACACACUUUCCGAAAGCAGGUAAGCGUCUUAAAUCUAGCCCCUUCCCCGGUCUGUAUAACGAUAGCCAUAAUCUAGCUUGGAAAAUUGCCCGAGUUCUUCGUAGGUGGGCAGACAUGCCCUUCUUUUGUCAACGGCAAGCUCUUUAUGAAUCAGAGCGCCGUAAAUUCGCAUUAGACCUGAUCGCGUGGGAUAAAAUGUGGUCCACCCUUUUCUCUGGCAAGCCCUUGACUGAGGAGAACAGCGAUGGGGUUUCGCCUGAAGAUUUCACGAAUCUUGUCCUUUUACUAAUCCUGCGAGUUUGCAAGACUUUCCAAACAGACUUCACCAGUGGCAUCGGGAUACAAUAUCAACCUUCAGUUGCAGUAGAUCACAGAAACCAGGAGUUGGCUAGUGGUCUCGUCCUCGGUAAAUGCGUCCCUCCAUGCAAAUUCAUGCGUGCAGCAGACGCAUGGCCAUUCGAGCUCCAGGACCUUCUUCCUUCGGAUUUCCUCUUCAAAUUACUUGUUUUUACUGUUGAUUGCACCGAUCCGCUUCAGCAAGCGAGGGUUGAGUCAAUGGUCACGAACAUGCAGAAACCCAAGAGCUUUCUGAACCGUUACGCGACGCAUGGGAACUCACGAUUCGGCAUCGUCACGAUCAGCAAAGACCGGAAGGAAACAUUUAAGAUCUUUCGGCUCCUCACGCUUCUUCGCUCUCAUUGGUCAAAGGUGUUUAUCGAUGACACCGAUCCCUCUGGUACCUUCGGGGGAGAAGGUUACUCAUAUUAUGGACUGGGACCUGAGGGUGCUCUGGUUGCCGUUCGUCCUGAUGGCUAUGUUGGAGCCAUCGCGCCACUGGAUCACAUUGGGGAACUUGAUGCGUAUUUCGCGUCUUUCAUGAAGAUUCCCGUCUAG